GGGAGACGGGCCGAUGCAGAAGAAAACUUCGAUAAACGGAGGGUCCGCUCACCACCUUCCCCCCACCUUCCCCGGGCAAACGCUGCCGGAAGGGAUCGCAGCCGCCCCCAAAAGAGACUGCAGAACCAUCCCUGACAAAGUCCACCGGUGUGGGAAGUUUAAAGAACGUUUUUUCUACAAUGUCACCUCCAAGAGUUGUGAGAGUUUCCAUAACUAUGGCUGCAACGGGAAAAUGAACAGCUACCGCACCCUGAAGGCAUGCCAGCAUUUUUGCUCAGAGAUUGACGUCUGCCAGAUGCCUCCUGAAAAGGGGGAUUGCGAUGACAAAAGGCAACGCUGGUUUUAUGACCCAAAGAACAAAGAUUGCAGGACGUUCAUUUCUGGGGGCUGCAAGGGGAACCUCAACAACUUCCUCGGACCUUGGAGCUGCGGCUGA